AUGCUGAUUGAAAUAUAUAUCAUGCUAUACCUGGCCUAUAUGAAAGGCCUAGUAAAAGCAGUUUCUGUGAAGGACAUUGACUUUGAUGUGAAAAGUUUGGGGGUCCCAGACUGCUACACUGAUUUAGAUUACUGCUUCAUGUUCGUCAAAAGGGACAGGCGGGAAUCUAUAAACAAUUAUAUUGAUGCUGACAAUUAUUGCAAAAAGAAAUUUGGACCAAGCUUUCUUUUAGAGAUGUACGAUGAUAAAAUGAACGAGAGGAUGAAGAAGAUAAUAGAGAAUAAAAAAAAGUACAAGCAAUCAAUCUUUCCUCUCAAUAUGGAAUUUCAUUCAAGUCCAUUUUUAUAUUACCAAUUGGAUACUUUUAAACAACCAGAACGCAUUAUUCAUGAUAAAUACGCAAGUCUCUUCAAUGAAACGUACGCCUACAUAGCCAUAAAAUUCAAUGACAAAGGUUGGGAGAUGGUGUCUGAGGACCACACGGAACAACACAGGAUCCUCUGCAGGCUGCCCAAAACUGCGGCAGAUUGUUCAAAACCUCUUGACGUUAAAAGAAAAAAGAGAGCGCUUUCAGUUAUUAAAAUAUCCAAUGUCGAAAACCAAUUGAAAAAACAACUUAGCUAUAAGAAAAUAAAAUUAUUGAAAAACGUGAUAAAAUUGUUUAAUAAGAAACACAAUGUCUUGAGCGUUAUGGCUCAUUCUCUAGCCCGUAAACCUCAUGUGCUUGAAAAAGUAAGCAGUGAAGAGUGGAAGAGGUAUGGCGUGGAUUACGUAAAGUUGAAGAGUAGUCUGCAUGGUUCUGAUCCCAAUUAUAUUCUGAUAGAUGCUUUUUGGUUCAAAUAUUCAAAUUUGGAUGCAGAAUUAUUAGAAAAAAUUUUAAAAAGUGAAUCCAACAAUAAGACAGCUACAAAGGAAGAUAAAUUAAAAAAGGUCGGAAUAAAUGACACAUUGAUCCCAAUGUAUUCUGAAGCUUUGAGAGAAAUCGCUUACUUGACUAAAAAAGUUCCAUUCCUCAAAAGACUCAUUGCUAAAAGAGGACUUCUAGACCCAUAUAUGAGAUCUAUUUUAAAUAAAAAUGCAGUAAGCAUGCGACGAAAUAAUGUUGACAUUUCAAAAGUUUGCAUGGUAAUUGAAUAUUUGGGGAUUGAAAUAGCACCAGAAUUACGAGAAACAUUGGAUAUAUCUGAGGAACUUUAUACCUCAAUAAAAAAUUAUUACGAAGAUGUAAAGUUUAUGUUUAGACAAAAACAUUUAUUAGAUGACCAAAUAAAGAAGGUGUGUGAAGUUGUUAAGUUAAUAUUUCACCCUUUCCUUACAUUAAAUUGGACCUCAGUUUUAAAAGGGCCUUUUUGGGCUGACAUUAUAAAUAAGCUAGACAAUGAUGGUUGGAGAGGACUUUUGAAAAUGAUUUACGACAAUAAAGAUAAGGCAUUAGAAUUAAGUAUGGAACCUGCGCUACUUGACAGGUAUGGCUUAGAUUCAAAUGAAACCGAAAAUAUAAAAAAUGUCUACCAAAUCUUAGUUGACGGGGUAAAAAGUUAUAAGUUUAACAUAAACACGAUAAUAGCUUUAAUUAAAAAACUGCAAACGUUUGAUUGGAGUAGGCUGAUAAACAACACUAAGACAAAAAACUCAUACAGAUCGUUAAACAUGAAAAAAUUAGGAACUGUUAUUUUGUCAGAACAAGAAAAUAUUUUGAAAGCUACACCCGAGGACCUUUAUAGAUAUGAUAUAGAUCCAGAUAAUUAUGAACGUUAUAAAACUGCCAUAAGUAGUAUAAAAGAAGAGCUGACACACAUGGUUAUGAAUUUUUCAGCUGUUGUUAGUACCAUAGCUAGAGGGUUUGUGAAAAAAACAUGUAAAGGGGUAACGAGCCGCAAACUAAACAUCAACCUGGAAAUUUUAAACAACAAUAAAAAUAUAACGAGCUUUUUAAAUUUUAUGAAAUUCAACGAAGAUCCGUCCAAAAUAUCAGAGGAUGAGUUAGCAAAAAUAAAAAUGAACAAAGACCUCUGGAAUCAAGUUUCAUAUCGAAUCAUCGAGGAAGGAGAUUACGUGAAAGGCGACAUAGAACAGGAUAAGGUAGUAUAUCGUGACAACGUAGGUAGCGAUUGCAUGGUUCUAUAUUACGGGGUCACCUCGUGGUACGAAGCUCAGUCAUUCUGCGUUAAAAAAGGCGGACGUAUGAUGGCUUUCAAGGAUGACCAAGAAUUCGCUCUUCUGGACAAGCCUGAGUUGAGAAAUGUUCCAGAUUUGUCUUCCAUGUGGACUGGAGCUACAAAAAAUUUUUGGACCUGGAAAAAAAAUGGCACGUCAGUCGUCUGGAGUACCUUCUCGUCCUUCACGGCCCCCUUCAACAGCAACUAUGUCUACUUCCAGACAGGCAAUCCGUACGCCGAGAGUUGGUUCCUGUCCAACAGGUGGGAGCCGGCUGCCGGACAACAGGCCGUGAUGUGCAUUCUUCCCGUGAUAACUGCGUCAAUCCUAUCAACUCUCAUAUUCUUGCUCGUUGCUGUCAUCGGCGUGUUGUACUACAAACUCAUCUACAAAAAGAAGUACCUUCAAAAUGCCGCUGCACCUGGCCAGCCUACAAAUCCGAAGAGAAUGUCAAAAGUCGUUUCUGCAACCACAACCGACAAACAUUACCUGACAAGUGUAGGAGCCCAAAGCCCCAUAUGUAGCUAUCACAAGGAACACUGCUUCUACGUGGCCCAGAAAAGCGAGAUGGUAUCCAUGGCUAGCAUCGGCAAGGCGGAUGAUAUUUGCAAUGAAAAACAAACUGGAGGCUAUCUACUGGAGCCUUACACAAAAAGCGUACAGGCAGGGGCAAAUAAAUUCGCCGAAAAGCAUGCUCCCAAACAAAAUAUUUUUCCUAUAAAUGCCCAAUUCACAAAGAGGAGAAAGUUUAUGAACAUUAAAGCAAAUGAUAAUCCAACUGACAAACCGACCUCUCUUUCGUUGGCGGAGGAAGCGCAAGUGUAUAAUUACGUCUAUGGAGAACUCGGUGAUGACAACAAAUCAUGGGUCUUCCACUCGGCAGAUCACGAGCAAUACCAUUCUAUCAUCUGCCUUUUCAAGAUUAACAAUAAAGAAUGCACCAAACCAUUGAAAGCGGCGAAAAUGGUUUUGGAUACUUCAUAUUUAAAAAAAUAUCAGACAGGACAUCCAAAAGAAACUGCAAAAAGAGUAAAACUCAAUAGAACUAAUUUUUCUCCGAAGGUAAACGAAACGAAAAUUGAAGGGACAAUAAUAGACAAUAAAUUAGAAAUAAGUAACGAAAAUUGGAUUGAAUUUUUAGACUACAUGGGAAUGAUGACAGUUAUCAAUGUAACAGCAUUCAACAACAAUUCCACGUUAAAAAACAUGCUGAAGGAACUGCUGGCCUUCUCGAACAAAACCUACGAAUUCACGGAAGAACACUUGCGAGAAGUAUCGUCGAAUGUGACUGCUUUUAAGAAAUUAGAUAAACUUUUGGAUUUUUUGAAACCAAGAUAUAGAUUGAAACCACCUUACAGAGAUAAUUUAGUUUUUAAAGCAGGUUUUUUUGACGGAAGCCUUUUUAAAAUGGCAAAAGAAAAAUUUUUAAGCUGGUUGAAAGGAUUUGAUUUUAAGAAAAUUUGUAUCUAUUUAGAUAUGCUGAACGACCCAACAAAGUUUACCUGUCAGGAGGCAAACGAGUCAGGAGUGCCAGUAGGCCCUUUCCGGUUUUACAAAACUUACCUGUGGCCGCCAAUGAACGCAUUAUUGGGCUAUAAUAAUAUUCGCAACCUAAUAGUGACAACGUGUUAUAAAAUAUUGGACCUUUUAGCCCCAUUGCUAAAAAUUAAUUGGGGCAAACUUUUUAACAACAAAAAUUUAGAAAGUUUAAAAGGAUUAGAUUUUCAGUUCAUUGGAGAAUUUAUACUAGAAAGUAAAGAUCACUUGCUGAUGUUUACUGAAGAUGCCUUAAAACAAUUUGGCGUGCCGGAAGAAAAAAUUGAAAAAUACAAGAAUGGGUUUACAAAAUUGACAGAAGCGAUUAAGGAACAAGAUUUGAAUUUAAACAAUCUGAUAGCUAAAAUAAAGAAUGGAAAAAUAUUUAACUGGAGAUCGCUCUACGAUCCAGGAAAAUCCUUUUUGGAAAAUGUAAAAAAUUUCGAUUUCAAAAAAAUUGGUCAAAUUUAUUCGAGUUUGAAAGAUAAACUGGACAGUAUUAAUGUGGACACCUUAGAGAAAUAUGGCUUGGAAAUAAUUUCUAAGCAGGUGAAGGAUGUCAAACACGUCUUUGAAGGCUUCGAAAAUACGAUAAAAAGUUAUGAUGUUAAAAUUAAUGAAAUGAUCGGUAAAACAUACGGUAACUUUACUGAUAAAUUUAAAUACAUUAAAGAAUUAAAAAAUCUAGGUUUGAAUAUUAAAAACGAACUUUUAAAUAAAAUUGGCGACCUUAAUGUAACAGCUCUGAAGGAGAAUCCGUUCACAAUAGCCGACGAGGAGUUAGUGAAGGUUGACAUCGAUAGGUCUGACUGGAACGAUUUGGUUCAGCGCGUCGGGGAUAAUAGAAAUCCCUACGAACCUGUAGAUCCGUAUAAGAUUGAUUACAGGAAAACCAUUGACGAUCAGUGCUUAGUUAUUUAUCACGGAUCAACGUCCUGGUACGAAGGGCAAAACAUCUGCGCUGAGAACGAUGGAAACCUCUUAGUGUUUGAUGACAAGGUCCCACUAAGUGUCAUGGAUGACAAAAAAAUUUUUGAGCUGAAAGAUUUUUCCUCUUACUGGAUUGGAGUAACUAAGAAUAUUUGGACGUGGAAUGGAAAAAAAACACCUCUCAUUUGGAGUUCCUUUUCAGCCUUUUCAGCGUUUGGAGAUCACAAUCUGGCAUUUUUCCAAACGGGGAAGGAGGCAAACAGUUGGUACAUUGCCAGGAGGUGGGACCCGGAAGCUGGAAAAAACUGUGUUAUAUGCAUGACCAAUACUCUUAUUUUUAUUUUGGUUCCAACUGCAGCUAUGAUCCUUAUUGCAGUUAUAAUAGGUUUCGUCGCAUUUAAACUCGUUCUUCGGCGGAAGCAGAGAGAGCGUCAAGCGGAAAAAAGUCUACAAGAAACUGUGAAUGAUUUGCCAAUAGGCGACGAAAACUAA